AGCUAGACAAAUAAAUAUAAGGCCGGCUGACAAUUAAGUUGUCUUUCUGAAAGGUUUUCACAGGACUGUCAUGAAAUAAAGGCUGCGAAAUGGAGAUAAUACUGCCCCAGGAAGUGCACAAUGCGCAGAAGUUCCUGGAUUGCGCGGAGCAGCUAGACUACGAUGAGUUCUCGGCGAAAAUGUUUGUAUUCUGCACCGGCCACAGCGAUGUGGAUGUGUUCGAGCUGAUGGGCAAUGACCGGCUGUCCCAGUUGAUCUACGGCUGGGAGGUGUGCCACCUGCCCACCAGAGAAGCGCAAUCCUUCGAGGAUCCGGCGCUGCGCCACAUCGUCCAGGUUCUGGCCCACCACUCGCUGCAGAUGUGGUUCAGCCAGGAGUGGAACACCUGCUCCGAGGGCCUCAAGCACCUGCUGCUGUACAGUCUCACCAAGGCGGUGCCGGCUUUCUACCGGAUUGGCGACCUGUCCAAGAUCGACUGGUCUUACAUCCUGCAGUUCCAGACGAAGCCCUGGAGCACCCCGUACCUGCAGCAUCUGUUCCUCAACCUAAAGAUGAACAAGCACCAUGCCAUCGAGCACACUGUUCCUGUGGCGUCAGGAGAAGACAUUGCCUUCCUGAUGCAGGAGGGUCUCUCCCUGAUCAUCCUGCGCCUUAUGCAGCUCUUUAACGCCGGCAACUUUGAGGCCGUAAAGCAGCUGGCCCUCCGCAUGCUGGCAGCUUGGCUAAAGGCCCACGAAAAUGUGCCAUUUGAGUCCAUUGAACAGGAUCAGAACACUAUUACACUGGUGGGGCAUCUAUACCUUUUGACUAUAUUCGUUAGAGAUGAAAACCGCGGCUAUGUUAUUGAUAAUUUGAUGUACAACAUUCGCUUCUACGCCCAGACCAUGCAAGAAGCUUCAAUCUCGCAUGACAUCAACUUCACACCAGCUCGUCUUAUUGCCCAGGUUUGUGUGCGUCUGAAGCUCGGCAGGAAUGGCUUCUUCGAGCAAAUUGGCUUUAAGAAGUUCAAGCUCAAUCUGGUCACCUCCUUCGCCGUCAUGCUGGAGGCCUACUCCAGCUAUGUGCUGGGCAAUCUUUUGAUGGAGCUUCAGGCACUCAACGAGCAUGAUUUCCUGGAGCACUUGCCGCAGUUCAAGGUACUGAUGUAUCGCUACGUGGAGGAGCGGGAAAACAGUGAGCGGUUCCUCCUGGAAGAGCUAAAGAAGAUGGAGAACCAGCGAAAUAGCCACUUCCAGCCACAUGUGGUGGAUCUUAAUCUAAACUACCAACAGCAGAUAUGCAAAGGAAACCGAGCCAGUAAUAUUGGCAACUACAAGAACUGUGACGAUGAUGAAAAGCCAUUGCCUGAGGCGGACGAGGAGCAGGAUCGACAAAUAGAUCCGGUAUUUCAAAAUGUACCGAACAACGAGGAGGUUUUAACCUUUGUGUACAAACUUUUGGCAGAACGAAACUUUUCAGGCUGGAAGUUUGCCAAGAUUGCCUUGCUGUUAAAGAUCAUUGGUCAGCAGCUAAAUGCCAUUGAAAUAUGGCGCUAUCAUCCCGGUCUAACCACCGAGUUUAUGCUCGAUUUGGAGCAGAAGAUGUCGACGAAUUAUGCCGACUUGGCAAAAGUAUUCUCCGACCAUGGAUUCAUGGAGGCAGAAUUCUGGCUUACGGCUUUCUACCUUAACCCGAUAACUGUGAACUACAACGAAGUGCGGCGAUGUUCGCGUAUCAAGAAGAAGCGUCAGGAAGAGGAUCACUGGCCGCCAGCUGCGGCCGCCCACACUGUCAAGUACGAACUGCUGAGCUCUACCAUCGAUGUGGACGAGAUUGUGACCAUAACUAACCAUCACGCUCCAGUGGCCGACUACGAUCCUGUAUAUAAGUCGCUGCAGGCGCUGCGGCUACCCCGCAGCAUAAUCAAGGACCUUCUGACGGUGGUCUUCCAGCCGCGAAACAAGCGAUACUCCUGGGCUCUUGAUUGGCACACGCUGCACGAACGAUGCCAUGCUCUACUAAAAAGCCGGGACCUGAAGAACAAAUUUGUGUCGCUCAACAUGGCCGAGGCAGGCGACCACUUGCAGUAUCUGCAGAUCGACUAUGCGAAGUACAGGGAUCGACCGCAGUUGGACUACGGCACCAUCGAGGAGGGCUACGAGAACGCGGCUAACCUGCCGGAGGCCGAGGAGGAACCAGAACCAACGCCUGCAGUGGACGAAGAAGCUGUCACGCAGCAGAAAAAGCGUAGGCCAGCUAGACGCAAAUUCUGGGAUGAAGUGUUCUCGGAAGACGAGGAGGAGGCUGCCUCAAGCGACUCGGAGCCCUACUACACUGGCAACGGCCGCAGGACUCGGAUUAGAGCGGCAGCCAUGGUGGCCAAUGCCAUGUUGUCCGACAUGGAUCGCAGUAUACGAGGUGGCCGGCGAUCAAGCUCUCCAGCCACAUCAGAAGCUAAAUCAGACCCACAGCCCGAAGUCGAGGCGCCGUCGACGGUCAACGUCGGACCUGCAAGGUCACCAUCCCCAAAGGAAGCAGCCGCCAGUGACGAGAAGCGCACCAUCAACGAUCUAAUGGAGGCCAGGACAAAGUACAGCAACGAAACCGGCGGCUUCAAGGCCUUCGCCGACAUCUGGAGCUUUGAGAAGGAAGAGCUGCAAAACGUGGCCAGCGAGGUCAACAACCUGAUGGAGUGCAGUUCGGUGCUUAGCAAAUUCAAGAACUUGAAGACCCUCAAGAUGACGGCAGCGGCAAAGGCGCCCGAGCAGCCAACUCCGCAGCCAACAGGAAGGAUGGCUCGCACUGGAUCGGAAACCGAGAGUGUGAACUCUGAAACCUCUACGAUGGCUACGCACGAUUUCAACGAUGAGACCAGCGACGAUUCCCCCGGUGUAAGUAAAGAGAUAACGCCAUCGCCGCCACCGAAGUUUUAUUUUACCACGGGGACACAAGUGUUGCAGCUUGCUAAAGAAGUACAGACGCAUGUGAUCGGGAAGCCCCUGGAAGCAACUAAGGUGAAACCAGAGAACCUGGAGAGCGACAACUUGACGCAGGAGCCCAAGGAAGUUGGACAGAGGACCAAGGAACCCCUACGCCCUAGGCAGCUAAAAGAUAAGCCCAUGGAAACUGAGCAGCUAUUGGAAGAGGUCCUGGAAACUAGGCAGCUAGAAGGUGAGGUCCUACAAACUAGGCAGCUAGAAGAGGUCGUGGAAAAUGAAACAAAUGAAAAUAAACAGCAGCCAACAGAAACUGAACAAAACAAUGAGCCAUUAGAAGCUGGGCUGCUGGAUGGAGAUGUUUCAAACACUAGAGAGCAAAAAGAGGAGCUUAUCGACGUGGAGCCAAUAAAAAAUACGGAGCUACCUGAAGUAUUGGCAACGAGCAUAGAAACAGACACAGAAACCGACACUGCGGAGGAGUCCUUGCGGUUUGACUACGCUGACCAUGAACCAGAAAGAAAGCGCUUGAAGAUGGAUGCCAUAAGCGAGGAAUCUAACCCAGAUUCCCCAUCCCGGGAAGCCGCAGAAAAGGAGAGGGAACGCCUCAUCCACGAGUGCCUUACCCGUCCGGUCCAAGUUUUUUUGAAUAGAUUGACGGCGCAGGACAUUGAGAAGCUUCGGGGAGUGCGGGUGCGUAUCAAGCGCACCAACAUAUCAGAUUACUAUCGCGAGCAGGCAAUGCACAAGCAGCUAAGAGUCGCAAGGAGCCUAAGAAGCCAGAGUCACUCCCUCACCGAGGACAGCAAUGCAUCCUCGCAGAGCUACGAUGCCCGUAGAUAUGGUAGGCGCCGCUUCAGGAAGUUUGUGCACAUCACAUCGGACUCGCCAGCUCCUUCGUUAUCGUCCACGCCAUCGCCUCGUAUGGAGCCCAAGCCGAUCUUCAAGCACAUUACAUCCGAUUCCUCUACAGAUCUGGAGGAGGUGCCUCAUGUGGCUUCCUCUCUUAGAAGACGAGGACGCGGACGAGGUCAGGGACGAGGCGGUCCAAGGAGCCGAACCCAAGCACAUUCACGGCAUACACCAUCCAUACCGCCGGAUGUGAUCGAGCUGUCCUCGGAUUCGCUCUCCUCCAACUCGCCAGUGCCUGGAGCCAUAAACCCGAUGAUUCACUUCACGGAUGUGAUGGAGAUGGAUCCGCUCUACGAGGAGGCAAUCGUUCCUUUCUAACACGCCGUGGACAAGUCGAACCGGCUUCUGAGCCGUAGGCGAGGUUCUACGUGCUCGAAACGAAUGCUGGAGAGGGGUUGCACGGAGGUUGAGCUGUGCGGAAUGAUGGAAAUGCCGAGGGAGGAAGGAAGACGGAGUAUAGCUGGGAAAAUCGAAUUUGUCUCGCUUGUUAAAAUGCAAUUAGCCUGGGGCACAUUUGGUGUUUGCUUUUGCAAGAACAUAGCCAGGAUUCUGAUGAAAUUAUUUACGUGUACAUCUGUUUGUCCAAGUUUCCGGCUCGGUUUUUAUUUGGACUGUGACGACGCCCGCGGCCAACCAAAAAAAAAACGCUCGACAAGUCUAGGCCAACACUCAAUUGAAAAAGCAAACGCAUCCGUUCUUCAAUUAACUGCCUAAUUGAUAUGCAUUGUGGUUCUAAAAAACCAAAUUAGCUACACGCGUCGGAGGAGCUCUUGAACAAGGAUGACGACGCCGGCGACACGUGGCUGUUGGUGUGAAUUUUAGUGGCAAUAUUCAUAUAUCAAUAACUAAGGGGUUGGUAGUGAAAAAACCGAGCUGGGAAACUAUGGGCCUGAAACAUAAUCAGAAUUGUUUGUAGUUUAUAGCUAUUGCUCAAAUGAGAUACUUGUUGGUAUUAAAACUGUUUACAAUUUAAA